AAGAGCUUACUUUUGCAUCUCAUCGCAUUUGCUAAGGUCUCUUCUGUCUGUCGCUCUCUUUCUCUCUCUCUCAAUUUCCGAGGAUUCUUCGAUACUACCGAUUCAGAAUCCAACUUCUCUACCAUUUCUUUUUUCCAACUCAACUCGCCGGCUCGACUCGCUCUCCAAAGAUUUUUAAGAUCGCCCAUUAGAGGAAAAAGCCUGUUGUCUUCCAAAGUUGCUGUCUUUUUUUUCAAUUCAGUGAAAAUAUUGAGAUUCAAAGGUCUGAUCUUUCUUAGGGUUUUGGGGUGGGUUUUGAAUUGGAAUGGCGAAUGACAAUAAAAUUGAGACCUUGAUUUCUGCUAGGAAGUCUUUGAAGCUUAGCUUAGAGAAGUCAAAGGCUUUAGGGUUAGCUUUAGGCAAAGCUGGGCCAAGAUUAGAGGAGAUUAAUCAAACAUUACCUUCUCUUCAGGCUGCGGUUCGGCCUAUUCGAGCCGACAAGGAUGCCCUUGUUGCGGUUGGGGGCCAUAUCAACCGUGCAGUAAGCCCGGCAGCAGCAGUGCUUAAGGUGUUUGAUGCUGUUCAUGGGCUCGAAAAGUCGUUGUUGUCUGACCCGCGGAAUGAUCUCCCGGGCUACUUAUCAGUGUUGAAACGCCUUGAGGAGGCUUUGAAGUUUUUGGCAGAUAAUUGUGGAUUGGCAAUUCAGUGGUUGGAAGAUAUAGUGGAGUAUUUGGAGGAUAAUACGGUAGCUGAUGAACGGUUCCUAUCGAAUUUGAAGAAGUCAUUGAAAAAUCUUAGAGAAUUGCAGGAUGAUGGGGAGAGGGCUCACCUUGAUGGUGGGCUUUUAGAUGCCGCAUUGGAUAAGUUGGAAAAUGAGUUUAGGAGGCUCUUGACCGAGCAUAGUAAUCCACUUCCAAUGUCAUCAUCAUCAUCCCUUGGUGAGCAAGCAUGCAUCGCGCCAUCACCUUUGCCGGUUAGUGUCAUUCAGAAGUUGCAAGCAAUUCUUGGGAGAUUAAUUGCUAAUAAAAGACUUGAUAAGUGUAUAUCAAUCUAUGUUGAAGUUCGUAGCUCAAAUGUUAGAGCGAGUUUGCAGGCUCUUAAUUUGGAUUACCUUGAGAUCUCUGUAUCAGAAUUCAAUGACGUGACUAGCAUAGAGGGGUAUAUAGCACAGUGGGGUAAGCAUUUGGAGUUUGCAGUGAAGCAUUUGUUUGAGGCAGAGUAUAAGCUUUGUAUUGAUGUUUUUGAAAGGAUGGGAUUGGAUGUGUGGAUGGGUUGCUUUGCAAAGAUAGCUGCUCAGGCUGGUAUUCUUGCAUUUCUUCAAUUUGGGAAGACUGUUACAGAGAGUAGGAAAGACCCCAAUAAGCUUUUAAAGUUGUUAGAUAUAUUUGCAUCUUUGAACAAAUUGAGACUGGACUUUAACCGGCUGUUUGGUGGAGCAGCAUGUGUUGAAAUUCAGAACCUGACAAGGGAUCUCAUCAAGAGGGUGAUUGAUGGGGCAGCAGAGUUGUUCUGGGAGCUUCUGGAUCAAGUUGCGUUACAAAGAGAGAUCCCGCCUCCUCCAGAUGGGGGUGUUCCAAGAUUGGUAAUCAUCAUUAUUGAUUACUGUAAUAAGCUGCUUGGGGAUGAUUACAAGACGAUCCUAACCCAGGUUCUGGUCAUUCACCGGAGUUGGAAGCAUGAAAAAUUUCGAGAAAGGGUCCUUGUUAAUGAGGUUUUGAACAUAAUCAAAGCCAUUGAACAAAAUUUGGAGGCAUGGAUGAAGGUUAUUGAGGAUGGCACCCUAUCUCACUUUUUUGCAAUGAACAACCACUGGUAUUUGUACAAGCACCUGAAGGGAACAAAAGUUGGGGAUCUCCUUGGUGAUUCUUGGUUAAAAGAACAUGAACAGUCCAAGGACUAUCAUUCCACUUACUUCUUGAAAGACAGCUGGGGAAAGCUUCCAGGUCAUUUAAGUAGGGAAGGUCUGCUUAUGUUUUCAGGUGGACGUGCUACUGCUCGUGAUCUUGUCAAGAAAAGGCUGAAAGCAUUCAAUGAAGCUUUUGAUGAGAUGUAUACGCAGCAGUCAAACUGGGUUGUGUCUGACAAAGAUUUGAGGGAGAAGACAUGCCAGGUUGUAGUGCAGGCGGUUGUGCCUGUUUACCGAAGCUACAUGCAGAAUUAUGGACCCUUGGUAGAGCAAGAUGCAAGUUCCAGCAAGUAUGUAAAGUACACCGUGCAGACUUUGGAGAAAAUGUUAAUGUCUCUUUUUCAUCCAAAGCCCGGGAGAUAUGGCAGUUUCAAAGGCAGGCAGUCUAGUGGGAAAUUCAACAAUGGAGUAGCAGAUCUUCGUCGUACUGCUUCUGCAGUUGUCUGAUUUUCUAUCCCUAUUUACUUUAUUUUGGUUAAUCUGAAAGGGUAUCAUGCUCCAAUAUUCUCCUCCCAUAGUCAGAUGGUUAGCCAGUUGCCUUGUAUAUAUAAUGUAUUACCAAAGAGCCAUGCAACUGUUGCAAAAAAAAAAAAAAAAUCAUUUAUUGGAUUUAGAGAAGGGUGUUCUUCUGAACAUUGGCAUUCAAUUGCCAAAAUUUUCUCCAUGAGAUGGAGUUUUUGUAACUUGUUGACGAAGAAUAGAGAACUAUUUCCCAUGCUUGAAGGGUUCUGACAAAGACAUAAGAUCUCAAAUACCAGACAUGAUGUUGAACAAGUUUUAAGGGCCUAUUGGAUAAGGUUGGUAGAUAAUACUUAUGAACUAUAGCUAUUCAUUAUUUAUUUCUCUCUCCCAUCUUUACUUGUGACUUCAAUUGCUAAGUAGGCAGCAGGAAAAUUCUUGUAAUUGCUAGAUUUCAUGUACAAUUAUUUGAUAAAAUGUGCAUCUAGAGAUCA